GGUUUAUUCAAUUUGAUUCUUAUGGAAUAACAUGAAAAAUUCAGAUUCAAUUCGCAGUAAGCGACAUCGAUUUGAUCAUUUGCCCAAUUCUUCUCAAUUUUCUUGCAAAAAGCACAGACCUUUGGUUAUCAACACAGCUUCUAUGCAUAUACAACCUCUCGGAUUGCCUCUGGUUUCAACAACCCAAACUUCUUCAUCCGAAUCGAUCAAUCUCGAGCCCUACAGACCCUACACCAUCGGACGAGCCCAUCGACACUGCGAUUUCGUUUUCGAGGACCGCCGAGUCAGUAAGAAGCAUUUCCAGAUUUUAUUUGAUGCUCUGAAUCGUAAAAUAUGUAUAUCUGAUGGUGUGUUUUGGUCUGGUUGCGGUGGGUUUUCUAGGGUUAGGGUUUCCAUGAAUGGGGUGUUUGUCAAUGGGGUUAGAAUUGUGGGAGGGGAAGUUGCUGAGUUGGGUGCGGGCAAUGAGGUUUCGCUUGUGUGUGGAAAUGAAGGGGUUUGUAGUUUGGGGGUUAGGAUUGCGUUUGUUGUGCAAAGAACUGUUUUUGUGGAGGAGGUUUUUAAUGAAACUGUAUCUAAUUUUGGAGAAAAUGGAUGUGGUAGAGUUGUUGCGUCGGUGAACUUGCGUUUAAGUCAGUGCAGACAGAUAUUGCAUAGCAAAUAACCCUAUAUUGUCC